CGAAAAUGCCAACUAGAAAUUUCAAAGAGAAGAAGAAGCUGAAAUGGCGAAAUCACUCCUUUGUUCUUCCACCCUAAACCCAUUCUUCUCUGCCACUCUCUCUCCUUCAACUUCAUCGAGGAAGAACCAAAUUGCAUACUCAGGAAACAGCAAGAACCAGACAUCGUCUCUGUUAUGGAACAGAAGGGAUUUGUCGCUUGGAUUUAUGAGCAGCUUAGUUGCGAUUGGUCUCGUGAGUAACGACAGAAGAAGACAAGACGCGAAUGCAGCGAUCCUUGAAGCUGAUGACGAUGAAGAGCUUCUGGAGAAAGUGAAGCAAGAUCGGAAGAAGAGGAUCGAGAGACAAGCUGUUCUUAGUUCUGCUGUAAAGGAAAAAGGGUAUUUGCAGGAUCUUGUCUUCAAGCUAAGUAAAGUAGGACAAGCCAUUGAGAACAAUGAUCUAUCAGCUGCAGGUUUGGUUUUAGGGAAAGGCACUGAUACCGAAUGGGUCAAAACUGUUAAUUUGGCUUUCACAAAGUUGAGUACAACCCCAGAAGAGAAUACAGAAGUGGAAGCAUUUAACUCAUCAUUAGCUUCUCUUAUUACAUCAGUGAACAAGAACGAUAUAGAAUCAUCGAAGCUCGCUUUCGUGUCAUCGGCUGGCGCAUUUGAGAAGUGGACAACUUUGACAGGUGCUUUGGAACAGCUUAAGGGACUGUGAUAGGCUACAACCUCUUUACUAUUUGUUGUGUUUUUGUAUUUUUUCUGACAGAUUGUCAAAAAGAGGAUUCUUUUCUCUCCAAGUAAAUCCGUUUGAUAAUCCAUCUUCUUAACAUCUUUGCUUAUCAUUUUAUUCAUACGUUUGUUCAGUUUUUUCAA